CGGUGAAGGAUCGAUACAUUGAUUGUGUACAAUAUAUAAUCCAAACGCUGCCCUCCAGUCCCCUGAAAAGCCCCAAACCCUAACUCACCUCCCUGCCCUUUCACCCAAACAGACCCAUCUCUCAUCUCCUCAUUUCUAGGUUGAUUAGAUUGAUUGAACAGAAUCAGAAGCAGCCAUGUCUGAUGAUGAGAAGGAGCUUGAUCUCACCUCACCUGAAGUUGUGACCAAAUACAAACUUGCCGCUGAGACUGUUAACAAGGCUAUGCAAUUAGUAUUGGCAGCAUGUAAGCCGAAAGCAAAAAUUGUUGAUAUUUGUGAGAAAGGGGAUGCUUUUAUUAAAGAGCAUACCGGAAACAUGUAUAAGAAUGUGAAGAAGAAGAUUGAGAAGGGUAUUGCGUUUCCGACUUGUCUGUCUGUGAAUAAUACUGUCUGUCAUUUCUCACCGCUGGCUAGUGAUGAAGCUGUUUUGGAAGAGGGUGAUGUUUUGAAAAUUGAUAUGGGAUGCCAUGUUGAUGGAUUCAUUGCUGUAGUUGCACACACUCAUGUUCUUCAGGACGGAAAAGUGACAGGUAAAGCAGCUAAUGUUAUCGCUGCCGCAAACACUGCUGCUGAAGUUGCUCUAAGGCUUGUCAGGCCUGGGAAAAAGAACAAAGACGUUUCUGAAGCCGUUCAGAAGGUUGCUGCUGCCUAUGACUGUAAAAUUGUUGAAGGAGUUCUCAGUCAUCAGCUUAAACAAUUUGUGAUUGAUGGAAACAAAGUUGUUCUGAGUGUCUCAAACCCUGAUACAAGAGUUGAUGAUGCAGAGUUUGAGGAAAAUGAAGUUUAUGCAAUUGAUAUAGUUACCAGCACAGGAGAAGGGAAGCCCAAGUUGGUGGAUGAAAAGCAGACAACUGUCUAUAAAAGAGCUGUGGACAAGAAUUAUCACUUAAAAAUGAAAGCAUCAAGGUUCAUAUUUAGUGAAAUAAGUCAGAAUUUUCCGAUUAUGCCGUUCACGGCAAGAGCUUUGGAAGAAAAACGAGCUCGCCUUGGAUUAGUCGAAUGUGUGAAUCAUGAUCUUUUGCAGCCAUAUCCUGUUCUACAUGAGAAACCAGGCGACUAUGUUGCUCAUAUCAAGUUCACUGUUUUGCUGAUGCCAAAUGGAUCAGACCGGAUCACUUCUCACCCUUUACAGGAGUUGGAACCUACGAAAGCCAUAGAAGAUCCUGAAAUUAAAGCUUGGUUAGCUUUGGGGAUCAAGACAAAGAAGAAAGGCGGUGGGAAGAAAAAGAAAGGGAAGAAGAGUGAAAAAUGUGAUGAUUCGGCCGAGCCAGGGCCAGUUGAUGCUCCUCCAACAAAUGGCAGUGCACCUCAAGAAUGAAGACAUAGGUUUUGUUAACCUUCUGUAAUUUCAGUUUUUCCUUUUUUCUUUUGUGCCCUUUUAAGGCCACAUCAAUGUACCUGGUACUGUUGCCUAUGGGUUAUUCUAGCUGGUACUGGAACGCCAAGUCCCAACUGUACCUGGAUUGCCUAGUUCUUAGACACAAAUGAAUUAUUAAGCCUUUUGGUCUUGAAAGACA